GGCACACAGAGCUGUUAACUUAUCUACUGGUUGAGCGAUAGAUCAAAAAAAUAGUUUUCUCAUAACUGCUGUGUAGACAACUGUUAGCACAAUGGAACCCUGUUGGACAACUGAAUGAUAUUGCUUUAAUCUUGGGUGAUCUUAACUAGCAGCUGCUUUGACCUGGUUUCCCAGCAACCACUGACAUAAAAACUGCCACCUUGGCCUCCUGAUUGGCGGUGGGGCAUAGGUGAAGGAGUGCACCCUGACUGCCCUAUCUUUUUCUGUUUCUUGCUGUAUUUUGAUAAGGGAGGGGGAGCAAGGUACCAUUAAAACCACCCAGAGCAUGGGGCAGAAGGUUCCGGGAGGCAUAAAGACUGUGGAUAUGCGGGACCCGGCGUUUCGGCCUCUUAAGCUAGAGCUGCAGGCCCUGGAUUAUACAAAGCCCUCCCGCCUGGAUUUGCUGUUAGAUAUGCCACCAGCCAUGCAGGAUGUUCAGGUGCAGCACUCGUGGAACAAUGAUGAUCGAUCACUCAACAUAUUUGUUAAAGAGGACAAUAAACUAAUAUUCCACCGGCACCCAGUAGCCCAGAGUACAGAUGCUAUCCGGGGCCGGGUGGGUUAUACACGGGGACUGCAUGUUUGGGAGAUCAGUUGGACCAUGCGCCAGCGGGGUACCCAUGCCGUUGUUGGUGUGGCAACUGGAGAGGCCCCAUUGCAUUCUGUAGGAUACACUGCUCUUGUAGGAAACAAUAGUGAGUCUUGGGGCUGGGACCUGGGACGCAAUAAGCUUCAUCAUGAUGGCAAGAACCAGCCUAGUAGGACCUAUCCAUCUUUUCUAGAGCCUGAUGAGACCUUUAUUGUCCCAGACUCGUUUCUGGUUGUCCUGGACAUGGAUGAGGGGACAUUAAGUUUUAUUGUCGAUGGACAAUAUUUAGGGGUUGCUUUCAGAGGACUCAAAGGAAGAAAGCUAUAUCCUGUUGUGAGCGCUGUGUGGGGACACUGUGAAAUCAAAAUUCGGUACAUCAAUGGACUUGACCGUAAGUACCAUCCUUUAUAAGUGUGGUAAAUGCUACAGUUGAAGUCAGAAGUUUACAUAUACUUAGGUUGAAUCAUUAAAACAAAUUUUUUAACCUCUCCACAGAUUUAAUAUUAGCAAACUAUAGUUUUGGGAAGUCGUUUAGGACAUAUACUUUGUGCAUGACACAAGUUAUUUUUCCAAAAAUUGUUUACAGACAGAUUGUUUUGCUUUUCAUUCACUAAAUCACAAUUCCAGUGGCUCGGUCGCAGUUGGCUCUUCCACAUGGACAAUGACCCCAAGCACACCUCCAAGUGGUGGCAAAUUGGCUUAAGGACAACAAAGUCAAGGUGUUGGAGUGGCCAUCACAAAGCCAUUACCUCAAUCUGACUGAAAAAGUGCAUGUGAGCAAGGAGGUCUACAAACCUGAUUUAGAUAAACCAGUUCUGUCUGGAGGAUUGUGCCAAAAUUCCAGCAACUUAUUGUGAGAAGCU